UGUCAUCCCUAGUCGUAUUUGGUAAACACAUCAUUUGCCUUAAAAAAAUAUAGCAUUUUAUUCGAAUUUAAGCUAUUAUGGCGUCAGUUCACUGUCAACUUUGGAUGGGGAGCUUGGAGUCCUACAUGACGGAAAACUUCAUAAUUGCCGCUUUCCGCAAAAUGGGUGAAGAUCCCACAACAGUGCGUCUGAUGCGUAAUAAAUACACGGGCGAGCCGGCCGGCUACUGCUUUGUUAACUUCAUAUCGGAUGAUCAUGCGCUAGACGCGAUGCACAAGCUGAAUGGCAAACCCAUACCCGGCACCAACCCUAUCGUGCGGUUUCGGCUCAACUCCGCCAGCAACUCUUACAAACUGCCAGGAAACGAGCGUGAGUUUAGCGUUUGGGUAGGAGAUCUUAGCUCAGAUGUGGACGAUUAUCAGCUGUAUAAGGUCUUCUCCAGCAAGUUUACCUCAAUCAAGACCGCAAAGGUGAUCCUGGACAGCCUGGGCUUCUCGAAGGGCUAUGGCUUCGUGCGUUUUGGCAUAGAGGAUGAGCAGAAAUCAGCGCUGUACGACAUGAAUGGCUUUAUUGGUCUGGGUAGCAAGCCCAUUAAGAUCUGCAAUGCUGUGCCCAAGCCAAAGUCCGAGUUAAGUGCUGCCUUAGGAGACGGGAACAGCAACUAUGGCUAUGGAGGCUCCGGAAGCAGUGCAUCUACCGGAGGAGGAACGGAUUACUCGCAGUAUUACGACCCCACCAGUACCUAUUGGCAGGGGUACCAGGCCUGGCAAGGUUACUACGAGCAGGGAGGACCCUCAAUCACGGAUGCUGCAGCCUACUACCAACAGGCCAUGUCACAAUCGCACUCCAAUCCGCAAACUCUUGCCCAGCACGCCGAAGCCUGGAGCGCUCAACGCAGCGCGCAGUACGAGCAGCAGCAACAGUCUGCUGCCAACGGAGCUGAGGACCAGUAUGGACUGGUGGAGCACAAAUUUGUCCUGGAUACAGACAAGUUGAACCGUGAAGCAAUGGAGGCCGAUCGCCGGCUAUAUGACGCUCUGGAGAGCUCCAAGUGGCUGCCCAUCGAACAGUUGGAGGUGUUUUAGGUCCAUAAUCUAGGUUUACUUUAAUGAAUAUAAAUUAGUUUUUAAAGGAAAUACACGCAUGAUUCUUUAACGGUAAA